AAUCCCACUUUUCAGGGUCCCUGCGUGGAGACACGGAGCGCAUCUGGAGCCCUUGGUCUCCCUGGACCAAGUGCUCAGCGGCCUGUGGUCACACCGGAGUCCAGACCCGCACACGCACCUGCCUGGCAGAGACCGUGUCAAUGUGCACUGAGGCCACCGAAGAGGGCCAGCUCUGCGUGAGCCAGGCCUGCAGAGCAUGUGACCUGACCUGCUCCAUGGGGCAGGCGAAUGCUGACUGUGACGCCUGCAUGUGCCAGGAUUUCAUGCUUCAUGGGGUUAUCUCCCUCCCUGGGGGGGCCCCUGCCUCAGGGGCUACUGUCUACCUGCUGACCAAGACACCCAAGAUGCUCACCCGGACAGACAGUGAUGGCAGGUUCCAAGUCCCCGGCUUGUGUCCAGAUGGCAAAAGCCUCCUGAAGGUCACCAAGGUCAAGUUUGCCCCCAUUGUGCUCACCAUGCCAAAGACCAGCCUGAAGACAGCCACUGUCAACGCAGAAUUCAACAGGGCAGAAACUCCCUACAUUGUGAUGAACCCUGCGAGCAAAGCACGGAGAUCCGGGCAGAGUGUUUCCCUGUGCUGCAAGGCCACGGGCAAGCCCAGUCCAGACAAGUACUUCUGGUAUCACAAUGACACGCUACUGGAUCCAUCCCUCUACAAGCACGAGAGCAAGCUGGUACUGAGAGAUCUGCAGCAGGACCAGGCUGGAGAGUACUUUUGUAAGGCACAGAGUGAUGCUGGGGCUGCGAAGUCCCAGGUUGCUCAGCUCACGGUCAUAGGCUUUGUGUAG